UUCGCUUGUCUGCAAUCGUAUUAAAUAAGAUGACAAAAACAGCAGCAGGGAACAAACUAGCUGCUGGGGAGAGACAGGGAAGAUUAUAACAUUUCUGCUCGAACUUUUUUUUGUAACUUACAGGGUGAUGUUAGUUAAUUCGUGUGCGUGUUUGAUGGGUGGUUGUAUUUGUAUAUUUCUGUUUGACUGUAAACGGGCAGGGUGAUGGUAGUUAAUUCGUGUGCGUGUUUGAUGGGUGGUUGUAUUUGUAUAUUUCUGUUUGACUGUAAACGGGCAGGGUGAUGUUAGUUAAUUCGUGUGCGUGUUUGAUGGGUGGUUGUAUUUGUAUAUUUCUGUUUGACUGUAAACGGGCAGGGUGAUGUUAGUUAAUUCGUGUGCGUGUUUGAUGGGUGGUUGUAUUUGUAUAUUUCUGUUUGACUGUAAACGGGCAGGGUGAUGGUAGUUAAUUCGUGUGCGUGUUUGAUGGGUGGUUGUAUUUGUAUAUUUCUGUUUGACUGUAAACGGGCAGGGUGAUGUUAGUUAAUUCGUGUGCGUGUUUGAUGGGUGGUUGUAUUUGUAUAUUUCUGUUUGACUGUAAACGGGCAGGGUGAUGUUAGUUAAUUCGUGUGCGUGUUUGAUGGGUGGUUGUAUUUGUAUAUUUCUGUUUGACUGUAAAUGACAGAUGUGGUGAUGUGUAACGAUAUGAAGACAAAUGAACGACAGAUCUGUUUAUUACAAAGGAGGAGGAGGAGAUACACUUUCAAAAGUACAGCACCCCGCUAACCACGGCGUGUGCUAGUUCACUUUCUUUUCUCGGUUUUGGGCUGAAGCUGUGGGUUUAAAACCCGAAUCUCUAUAUUUUGGGCGUUUCGCUCGGCGCUUUAAAAUGGCGACUCUCCUCUCUCUCAGAAAACUGCGGAGAACAACCCGUCUCGAGACCGAGUUGCGAGGCAACCGUCCGAUUCGCGUGACCGGCUCGACCGUCCAAUCGCAGAGCUACAAAUUGCACCAGCCGCCUUCUCCUGUAACCCCUCCCCAGCCAAUCAGAGACCGCAUUCUCCCUGGAACCCCCUCCCCAGCCAAUCAGAAACCGCAUUCUGCCCUAAUUGACGUAAUGCUGCGGGCGGAGACACGGGGGGGUGGGACCGCAUUGGGCAGAGUCAUUGUUAGUGAUGGACAUUAAGAGUGACCAGUCAGAGGAUGUGUGGAAUGAGUUACUUCGCAGGCAAGCCAGUAGAUGCUGAGAGAAAGAAUGAUGGACAGUCGCAAGCAGCUAAUGCGAUUGGGAGUACGACUACUGGGCGGGCUUGUGUAUGCCAAGGCGUGGCAUCUUUGAUUGAAAGCUCAAGGCGCCUAUGAAACGCCGAGGUAUGUGAAACAGCGGUCAGUGUAGCACCCAAUCAGCGUCGUAGGUGGUUUUAUAAAGAGCGGGCAGAGGCGGAGCGGCGCCAUUUCGCUGAAGCGGAGAACGGGAGGAAACGGGAGAGAAGCUUAAAAAAAAUAACCCGACCGCGGACAGAAUCCGGAUCCAUCCGAAUGGAAACGGCUGUUAACCCGCCACUCCACAGGUUGCCUGUGGAGGCUGGCGCUGCCAUGCUGGCUGUGGGCGUGGGCUCGGAGCACGGCUCUGGGAAGCGCAUCAGGAAGCCCUCUCUGCUGUUCGAGGGGUUUGAGAGCCCCGCCCUGCCCCACUCGAACCCCCACCCUGCCCUCCCGCCCCCCCAGCCAGAGGUGAGGAGCCCCAGCCGGCCUGGCCGCCUCACUAACCAGCUGCAGUUCCUGCAGAGAGCCAUGAUCAAGGCACUGUGGAGACACCACUUCGCGUGGCCCUUCCACGAACCCGUGGACGCGUCCCGGCUCAGCCUGCCUGACUAUCACAAGAUCAUCAAGCACCCUAUGGACAUGGGGACGAUAAAGAAACGGCUUGAGAACAACUACUACUACAGUGCCAGUGAGUGCAUGCAGGACUUCAACACCAUGUUCACCAACUGCUACAUCUACAACAAGCCCACAGAUGACAUUGUCCUGAUGGCUCAGUCCCUGGAGAAAGUCUUCCUCCAGAAAGUGGCUCAAAUGCCCCAGGAGGAGAUCGAGCUGCCCACCCCAGCACCGCGGGGCAAACCGGGCAAACCGGGCAAGGGGCGCAAACCAGCAGCUCUCUCUGGGGGCAUGACGACGGCUCACCAGGUGCCUGCCGUCUCCUCGGUCUCUCAGACUAACCUGUACUCCCCCCCGACCCCUGAGAUCCCAGCCACCAUCCUGGACACCUCUCCCCUCAGCAAGAGCCUGUCUCCCCCGCAGCAGAUACUCAGCAUGGCUGCCGCGCCAACACAGCCCAUCACCAAGAAGAAGGGAGUGAAGCGGAAGGCUGACACCACCACACCCUCCACCAUCGCCAUGCCAAUGCCCCACAGCGCAGACUCCUCCCCCCUGGCCUCUCCCCUCCUGCUGGCCCAGCCCCCCGAGGGGAAGGCGGCGAAGGUCCCGGCGCGGAGGAGGGAGAGCGGCCGGCCAAUCAAGAGACCCCGCAAGGACCUGCCGGACUCGCAGUUGCAGCACCAGCCCUCCAAGCGGGGCAAGCUGUCGGAGCAGCUGCGCUACUGCAGCGGCAUCCUGAAGGAGCUGCUCUCCAAGAAGCACGCCGCCUACGCCUGGCCCUUCUACAAGCCCGUCGAUGCCUCUGCACUGGGGCUGCACGACUACCACGACCUCAUCAAGCACCCCAUGGACCUCAGCACCAGCAAGAGGAAGAUGGACUGCCGGGAGUACCGUGAUGCUCAGGAGUUUGCGGCAGACGUGCGGUUAAUGUUCUCAAACUGUUACAAGUACAACCCUCCGGACCACGAUGUAGUGGCCAUGGCCAGAAAACUGCAGGACGUGUUUGAAUUUAAGUUUGCUAAGAUGCCGGACGAGCCCCUGCAGGCCACGCCCCCGGCCAUGGCGCCCCUCCCCCUGGGCGGGGCCUCGUCGGCCAGCGAGGAGAGCAGUGCCAGCUCCAGCGAGAGCAGCGACAGCUCAGACAGCGAGGAGGAGCGUGCCAACCGGCUGGCUGAGCUGCAAGAGCAGGUGAGAUAUCUGAGGGCGGUGCACGAGCAGCUGGCAGCCCUGUCACAGGCCCCCAUCUCCAAGCCCAAGAAGAAACGCGAGAAGGAGAAGAGGAAGAAGAAGAAGCCAGAGAAACACAAAGCCAAGCUGCCUCCGGAGGAGGAGAGGAGCGAGAAGCCAGCCAAGCCUGCCAAGGUGCCCAAGACCCCCAGGAGCAGCAGCACAGGGGGCAAGAAGAGUGGAGGGGGCAAGAACGGCAAGACCACCAAAUCCUCCAGGAAGUCCUCCUCGACUCUGCGUCCGGCCCCUCCCCCCCCGCCCGCGAUCCCACACUACGACUCGGAUAUGGAGGAGGACACCAAGCCCAUGAGCUACGAUGAGAAGCGGCAGCUCAGCCUGGACAUCAACAAGCUGCCGGGGGAGAAGCUGGGCAGGGUGGUGCACAUCAUCCAGUCCCGGGAGCCGUCGCUCAGGGACUCCAACCCAGAGGAGAUUGAGAUUGACUUCGAGACGCUCAAACCCUCCACCCUGAGGGAGCUGGAGAGAUACGUCAUGACCUGCCUCAGGAAGAAGCCACGAAAGCCGUACGUGGUGAAGAAGCCGAGCAGUGGGAAGAGCCGAGAGGAGCUGGCUCUGGAGAAGAAGAGAGAGUUGGAGAAGAGGUUGCAGGACGUCAGCGGGCAGCUCAACUCUGCCAAGAAACCACAGAAAACCAAAGCAGAGAAGCCCAGCAAUGCAGAGCAGCACCCGGCUGCCUCCCGUCUCAGUGCCAGCAGCUCCAGCUCUGAUUCCUCCUCCUCCAGCUCCAGCUCCAGCUCUUCAGACACCAGUGACUCUGACUCGGGCUGAAGCAGCGCAACUGAGCCCUAUAGACAGAACACCGGACUGGACCCCCCAGCAGGGCCUGGCAGGAGGGGAGACACAGAGAGAGAGAGACACACAGAAACUCCUCUUCCAUGAUCAGAGAGCUGCCAGCCAGCACCAUGGACAGAAGGGGGAGGUCUCGCGUGAGAGAAGAGAGAUUGAUGCAGCUUUUUUCUUGUGAUCUUCCUCUUUGUUUGAUUUGAGGCUGAAGUUGAGACAGACGUGAGAGGGAGACAUUUAACUACCCUGCCUCUGAAUUCUGACUCACUUUCUGUAAUGAAGAGUGAGGCCCUCUCCAGUUUAUUUUUCCAGUGAGGAGGAAGUUGAAGUAGAGAGAUGGAUUUCCUCUCCUCUCUGAGUGGUGUUACUGCACAGAGGCAGAGAGACUGACUUGGAGAGGUUGAAUCCUAGACCUGCCUUGACAGAGCUGGGAAGAAUGCCUCUCUCUCUGUGCCGCAGUGUGCUAGCUGGGAGAAUUGGCUCACUGCUGACACCAAUGUUUUGAGACUCCAUGAGCAAUUGAGAGACUAGUUGCUACUUGCACCAUUUUUUCUGUUAUAAAGAAAAAUAUUGUAAAGGAGGAAGGUGAGGUGUAGAGGGACGGGAUGCGUUUGCAGUUUUAAAGCGGUUUUGUUUUUGUUUUGUUUUGGGUGUUGUAUAGUUUCUAAUGGAUUUCCAGUUCUUCUGCAUGAAUUCAAUCAGGACCUGUUUAAAUUGCACUGCACUCCUGUACACGGAAAUACACUCCACUCUGUCGCCCCCUGGGACUUCAGAUACCCUGCAAGAUAGAGAGAUGAGUGUGUGUCUUAAAAUACACAUCAGCAGGUUUGGCUUACAAUUUUCCUUCCAAACUGUUAGUUGUCCCUGAAUUAUCUUGCCCUAUACUACAGCGUUUUGAAUUAAGUUCAGAUCUGUCCAUAAAGAUGACUUAUAACCCCAGAUUCAGAACUGAUAUCAAUUCUGUGUGUAUGUAUAAUAUAUGAAAGAAAAGCAGUGCUGUUUUAAAGAAAAAAAAAUAAUAAAGCCAAACCAAACUGAAGCCCUGAUUGAUCCAGAGCACAGUUGGAUAGUAAUGGGUGACUGGACUGGAGUGGAGGCUUCUAGUCAAACUGCAGCUGUCGGGGUUGAGCGACAGACAGAGUUCUUAUUGCUCAGUGGAAGUCUCUCUCACACAAGGGGAGUCAUUUCCACUGUGAGGUGAAAACUAUACUCUGUAUGUUCUAUUAAACCUGUGAUGCCAGAGGCUAAUGGUGUUUAGACUAUUGCUGGGUGGCAGUAGCGAUCAGCCUCUUGUCCGCUCAGUUGACUCUCUGAUCCUGUGUUCACGGGGAGUGUUGCGUGGCUGAGCGGCUUGCAUCACCAGUGGAAUCUGCUCAGUUACUACUUUACAUGUCAGUAGGGUUGUUUGAUAAUGAGGCUUCAGUCCAGGGAUUGGAAACGCCACAGUGCCAAGCACCUCCCACACUGAAGCACUACACAGACCUGGGGUCCUUUCACAGUGUGCGUUAACAGACACUGAAUUAGGAACAGUGAGGAGUUAAGAGUGUAAUUCAGUGCCCUGCAAGAUACCUUACACCAUGGGCGUGCAUCUUAUUCCAUAAGCACAGUUUAAUGCCAAACCCAAAUUGUCAUUGAUAUGAAUAGCUGCAAGAAAACUUAAACGAAGGCAGUCUGGAUCAAUUCAAGAACACAAAUCCACAAUGCAGCCGGCGUGAGGCUUGAUUAGUGUGUCAGUUUUUUCAGUGGCUUGUUUAGCCCCAGCCCCCCCUCUUAAGCUGUCGCACAGACCUUUGCUUCUCUUUUGAGGAGUUUUAUUUAUUUUAAAGAGAAGUAGAAGACAAUGUUUUAUAAUGUACAGAGUGCACAGUCACCUGUUGAUGCAGGGCGGUAGAGUAAAGAAAGUGUACAGUAAAGAUUUUAUUGACGCGCUUGUAUAAAUUUCAAUGGUUGCACAAUCAGAAGCAGCAUGUUCUUAAAGCAAGGGGGAUUGACAACUUUCCUUGUCUUAUUUGACUUGAUUUUUCUUUUUAAAACCUGUGCGUGUUUCUUGAGUGGAUUUAUUUUCUAAGAAAAACAAAAACAAAAAAACGAAGGAUCCAACGUGUAGGUUCUAGAGUUGUCCGUCACAGCCGUCAUUGUGUUCAUGAAGAAAAAAAAAAAAAGACUACCCUUCAGUUUGGAAAUGUGUAAAUAAUAAAAAAGUUAUUUAAAUAG